UUUGCGGGUUGGUCGGGUGUCUUCUCCGCACGCCCCCACGCCCUCGAGGCUGUGCCGCCCGAUCCCACCGCGAAGCUGGCCUGAGCCUCCGCGGCGCCCUCCCGCACCGGCUUGCUCCUGGCUGGGGCAGGACCUGGCUCCGGUCACUAUGAGUGAAACAUCUUUUAACCUAAUAUCAGAAAAAUUUGACAUUCUUUCCAUUCUUCGGGAUCAUCCUGAAAACAGGAUUUACCAGCGGAAAAUCCAGGAACUCAGCAAAAGGUUCACAGCAAUUCGGAAGAUCAAAGGGGAUGGGAACUGCUUCUACCGGGCCCUGGGUUAUUCCUACCUGGAGUCUCUGCUGGGGAGGAGCAGGGAGAUCCUCAGGUUCAAGGAGCAUGUACUGCAGACCCCAAAUGACCUCCUGGCUGCCGGCUUUGAGGAGCACAAGUUCCGAAACUUCUUUAAUGCUUUUUACAGCGUGGUAGAGUUGCUGGAGAGGGACAGCUCCGUGUCCAGCCUGCUGAAGGUGUUCAAUGACCAGGGCACCUCGGACCGUGUGGUGCAGUUCCUGCGCCUGCUCACCUCCGCCUUCAUCAAGAACCGGGCGGACUUCUUCCGACACUUCAUCGACGAGGAGAUGGACAUCAAAGACUUCUGUGCUCACGAAGUAGAACCCAUGGCCAUGGAAUGUGACCACAUCCAGAUCACGGCGCUGUCCCAGGCGCUGAACAUCGCCCUGCAGGUGGAGUACGUGGAUGAGAUGGACACGGCACUGAACCACCACGUGUUUCCUGAGGCAGCCAGCCCUUCGGUUUACCUGCUCUAUAAAACGUCCCACUACAACAUCCUCUACGCAGCCGAUAAAUGCUGA